AUGCCGAAACGCGCCCUCCACAUCCACGCCUUUGCGGCCAAGAACUGGAUCCCCGAGCUCAACUUCACCACGGACCCCAGGCGCGACGAGGACCGCGCCAGGAUGACGCUCAAGGUGCACAAGGGGCAGAAGUUUUGGGAAGUGUCGACGUGCGAGCUUUGCGUCGAGAGGAAGGCGGGUGUUCGGAUAAUGCGGGUGUGA